AUGAGAGCUAUCCUGCCGAAGCGCGACAACUCAGGUUCGCCGCGCGUCUCAAGGCGCUCGAUAAAUCACACCCGUUGGUGCAACGCACGACGCGGCUGCCCCAUCGACCAAUCAAUCCUGCUACUAGCACCGCGACUUGAACAUCACAAGGGCAACCUACAGACUUCCUCAAAAGAAGAGUCAGCAGCCGAGUUUCGCCGUUGGCUCUGUUCUACACCCCCAUCCACGCUAGUCGUCUACUCGGAUGGCUCCCUGUCUGAGAGCGGAUCAGCAGGCUAUGGGCAGCUUAACCUUCAGGCAUCAAAUAAAUGA